GGAAGGCAAAGCAAGCAAGCAAGCGAGGGCGGGACCACCCACCCUCCCCCCAUAACAAAACAGUGAGGCGAGAAGCGGCGGCGCGUCUCCCGGUAACAAGCCUUGGCCACGCCCCCUUCCCUCCCCUUCACCGGGAAGGGCGGCAGCAGCUCAUCUGCCCAAGAUUGAUGCAUGUUCCCUCCAUUAUUUUAAUCUGGCUGAGAAUUUGGAUAAACAUGGCACAGCUUCAACAGGGAGGUCCUGAUGAAAAAGAGAAGACUACAGCAUUAAAGGAUUUGUUGUCUAGAAUAGACUUGGAUGAACUGAUGAAAAAAGAUGAGCCACCUCUUGAGUUUCCUGAUACACUUGAAGGAUUUGAAUAUGCUUUUAAUGAAAAGGGACAGUUAAGACAUAUAAAAACGGGAGAGCCAUUUGUUUUUAACUACCGUGAAGAUUUGCACAGAUGGAACCAAAAGCGCUAUGAAGCUCUUGGAGAGAUCAUCACCAAAUAUGUAUAUGAACUACUGGAAGAAGAAUGCCAUUUGAAAAAAGUAUACAUACCGGUAGAUGCCAUGGAAGGUGAACCCCGGAGUUUUAUCUUUAUGAGUGAGGAUGCAAUGACAAAUCCAGACAAACUGAUGGUUUUGAUUCACGGUAGCGGUGUUGUUCGAGCAGGACAGUGGGCAAGAAGGCUUAUUAUAAAUGAAGAUCUGGACAGUGGCACUCAGAUUCCAUACAUUAAAAGAGCUAUUGAGGAAGGCUAUGGAGUAAUAGUACUGAAUCCGAAUGAGAACUAUAUUGAGAUUGAAAAGACAAAAGCCCAAGUACAGCUGUCUCCUGAUAGCUCAGAUGAACCUGCAGAAAAGAGAGAGAGAAAAGAUAAAAUCCAAAAAGAUACAAAGAAGCGACGGGACUUCUAUGAGAAAUAUCGGAAUCCACAAAAAGAAAAGGAAACAGUGCAAUUGUAUAUUAGAGAAAAUGGCUCUCCUGAAGAACAUGCAAUUUACAUAUGGGACCACUUUAUCUCCCAAUCAGCAGCUGAAAAUGUUUUUUUUGUGGCUCACAGUUAUGGUGGACUUGCAUUUGUGGAACUGAUGAUUCAACGAGAGGCAGAAGUAAAGAAUAAAGUUACUGCUGUGGCAUUGACAGACUCAGUUCACAACGUGUGGCAUCAAGAAGCUGGCAAAACUAUUCGAGAGUGGAUGCGAGAGAACUGCUGUAAUUGGGUGUCAAGUUCAGAUCCUCUAGAUACAUCAGUAGAGUCCAUGUUACCUGACUGUCCACGUGUCUCUGCAGGCACGGAGCGGCACGAGCUGACCUCGUGGAAGAGCUACGCGUCGAUCUUUCGCUUCUUCGGCGACGCCAUGGAGGCGAAGAGCAGCUCGGGCAAAGCGGCUCCGACGCGACGCUCGCAGCGGAUCCGCUACGAGGAGCUGUAACCGGGCGGGAGGCGAGCGGGCGGGCGAGAGCCGGCGCCUGCUUGCCGGCCUGCCUGCCUGCGUGUCUGGGCGGCGGCGCUCGGCAGUCCCAGCCCCUCAUUAGAUUGUUUUCUUCCUAGAGCACAGGGUCGCCGUGUCUACAUCUAAGUAGCGUUUUGCAUUAUUUCUAGAUGAGUGCAACUGUCAAAGCAAUAUGGGUUCACUGGUUGUGCUUCCUGUGGGCUGCGGCGGGGAUUUCGGGCUGCCCAUCAGUGCGCAGAUUAAGGCUGACAGCAGCACCGCACCGCGCAGCCUGGUGCAGCUCUAAUUGCCCUGACAGAGCCCGGCACCGAGCUGAUGGCGAGCGGACGCGGCGCCUCCCGGGUCCUAGCGCCCGGCUCU